AUGAAAGACGUGAAGACCCAAGCGAAUAGAGGGCGGCAGCCUGAGUGUGGGGAGACCCUGUCUCCACAGGGCUGGUGUGGCUCGCGGAGCUGCUGCCUGAGCUCUGAGAGGUGCUCGUUCAUCCUCGAAAGAUCAACUGAAAUCGGCAAACUUCUGAGUUCCUACCUGGAAAGAAAAAGUGACCUGGAGGAUCACUCCGUGCACCUGCUUUUCUCCGCAAACCGCUGGGAGCAAGUGCCAUUGAUGAAGGAGAAGUUGAGCCAAGGUGUGACCCUUGUUGUGGACAGAUAUGCGUUUUCUGGUGUUGCCUUUACAAGUGCCAAGGAGAACUUUUCCUUGGAUUGGUGCAAGCAGCCGGAUGUGGGCCUUCCCAAACCUGACCUGAUCCUGUUCCUUCAGUUACAACUGGGGGAGGCUGCAACCAGGGGGGAGUUUGGCCGCGAACGGUACGAGAACGGGGCUGCCCAGGAGCGGGCGCUGCGGUGUUUCCAGCAGCUCAUGAGAGACACGACCUUGAACUGGAAGGUGGUCGACGCUUCCAAAAGCAUCGAGGACAUCCAUCAGGAAAUCUGCGCGCUCUCUGAGGAUGCCAUCCUCAGAGCCGUGCAGAGGCCACUUGGGGAGCUGUGGAAAUAAGCAGGCUCCAGCGCCAGGUCCACGUCCUGCAGUCCCUCCCAAGGCGAGAAGACACUCUUC